GAAUUAUCAACAGCCCCCCACCGGCCACCACCCAUCUUCUUCUUCUCUCUCUUCUUUCUCUUUCUCUCUCUACGUUCCAGCUCUGACCCUGACACCAACAUCUCUGCAACUUCUCUGCCGAGCUCGUCUUGUCUUUCUCUCUCGGAUUUGUUCGUCUUCCCCGCGAAAAGCUCUUCCCCUUUCGAUUCUCUCUCUGACAAUUUCCGCUUUUUCUCUCUCUCUAACCCACCCCGACCCACCGUUUCUCUCUCUACCUUGACUCCCAUCGAUCAUGCUUCAGAGCUCGCUAGUCCCUCAAUCCCCCGUCACUUCUUCGACCCCAAACCUCCUCCGCCCCUCCUCCAUGAAGACGAAGCGCGACAGAGAACUCCCCGGCGCCGAUUCUCCCUCUUCCGCGGAGGACCAGCCCUCCUCCAAGCGACCCAACUUCUCGGGCGGGGACGAAGCCACCAUCUCCGGCGAGAAGGCCACCGAGGAGACCGAUCAGGAGCAGGAGCCGCCGGUCGACGAGGGCGAGUGCAACGGGCUGAGGCUCCUCGGGCUCCUCCUCCAGUGCGCCGAGUGCGUCGCCAUGGACAACCUCGACGACGCCAACGACCUGCUCCCGGAGAUCUCCGUCCUCUCGUCGCCGUUCGGGUCCUCGCCGGAGCGGGUCGCGGCAUACUUCGCCCACGCGCUGCAGGCGCGCGUGGUCAGCUCGUGCCUCGGAUCCUACGCGCCGCUGGCCGCCCGGGAGCUGACCCUCGCCCAGUCGCAGCGGAUCUUCCACGCGCUCCAGUCGUACAACUCCAUCUCGCCGCUCGUGAAGUUCUCUCACUUCACCGCGAACCAAGCCAUCUUCCAGGCCCUGGACGGCGAGGAUCGCGUCCACGUCAUCGACCUCGACAUAAUGCAGGGCCUCCAGUGGCCCGGAUUGUUCCACAUCCUCGCCUCUCGGACCCGGAAGAUCCGGUCCAUACGGAUCACCGGGUUCGGGACCUGCUCCGAGCUGCUUGACUCCACGGGGCGCCGGCUCGCCGACUUUGCGAGCUCGCUCGGCCUGCCCUUCGAGUUCAACCCGGUCGAGGGCAAGAUCGGGAGCCUGACCGACCCGGGCCGGCUCGCGGUCCGGCCGGGGGAGGCCGUGGUGGUGCACUGGAUGCACCACUGCCUCUACGACAUCACCGGCAGCGACCUCGCGACGCUGCGGCUGCUGACGCUGCUGCGGCCGAAGCUGAUCACGACCGUCGAGCAGGACCUCAGCCACGGCGGCAACUUCCUCGGGCGGUUCGUGGAGGCGCUGCACUACUACAGCGCGCUGUUCGACGCGCUCGGCGACGGGCUGGGCGGCGACAGCGUGGAGCGGCACGUGGUGGAGCAGCAGCUGCUGGGGUGCGAGAUCCGGAACAUCGUGGCGGUCGGCGGGCCGAAGCGGACCGGGGAGGUGAAGGUGGAGCGGUGGGGGGAGGAGCUGAGGCGGGUCGGGUUCCGGCCCGUGUCGCUGGCAGGCAACCCGGCGGCGCAGGCCGGGCUGCUGCUCGGGAUGUUCCCGUGGAAGGGCUACACGCUGGUGGAGGAGGGCGGGUGCUUGAAGCUGGGUUGGAAGGACCUGUCGCUGUUGACUGCGUCCGCGUGGCAGCCGUCGGAUUGAUCUUAUCCUUUUUCGCCCCCUCAAGAUCGGACGGCCGCGAAGAAGUCUGUGGGUAAUGCUGGAAUACGGCAUAUGCGUUCGUUUAAGUAAUGAGCGAGUGUCCGGAUUCCGUCGAUUUUCGACCCUUUGAUCGGUGAUACGGGCAUCGGCGCAUGGACGCGAUCGUACGUCGAAAGCACCUGAUAAAAUUCCUCGGAAGACUCGAAUGGUAAGCGGAAUAGCGUUUUGGACAGGGGGGAUUCCGAAGCCAAGGCAAUCUUCUUGUUCACUUUUGUUGUUGUAAUUCUUUGGAGGGAUUAAUUGGCAACUUGUAUUUAUUUGUCGGAACAACAAAAAAAAAAAACCAAUUUUGUGAAAAAC